AUGGAGAGAAAAUGGAUCUUGAUGAUGUGGGUGUGCAGCCUUGUGUUGCUAGGCGCCAAGUUGUUACAUGGAGAAAAUGUAUACUCAAAACAAGAAGUGAACCUUCUACCAGCAAUGGGAAGUAAAACUACACCAUUCCUAAACCAUAUGGUGAUACAUGAUAAUCUCAUAUAUAUUAGCGGUGUCAACAGGAUAUUUAAACUUAGUUUCAAUUUGUCAGUUUUGGCUAAUGUAUCAACGGGUCCACAAAACGAUAGUGCCCUCUGUGACCUUCCCCCAACUGGAGAUCGGUGCAUGCAUAAAAAAUCCCUACGUGACAAUGUUAACAAAGUGCUUCUUAUCCAUGAAAAAAAGGGGGAACUUCCCUUCCUUAUAACGUGUGGCAGUAUUUUCCAAGGGGCCUGUGAAACUCGACUUUCCAAUAGCCUCCAACUAAACAGAAAGUACUACGGUCAGUUGGACAGUAUGAGGAGUGAUCUCCCUAUACAGGAUGUGUAUGCCAUUGCUGCAGAUACAGAAAAUGGUUCAACUGUUGCAUAUAUUGCACCAGGAACAAAAGGCAAUGAUGUGAUAUACAUUGCUUCUACAUAUACAGGUUCAAAUGACCGCCUCAUCCGACAAAACAUUCCAGCUAUAAGCAUGCGUAAACUAGGUCCAGGGGACGAGAUCUUUAGCUACAACAACAUUGACACCUCACCAAUCACACCACGUGCCUCAAGUGUUUCCAUCAAAGCUAGUAUACGUACCACUUUUCUCGUGAAUUACGUGACUGGAUUUACGUCUGGAAAUUAUAGUUACUUUGUAACGACGCAACCAAACUCACAAAGUAAAGAGAAUCCAAAUACGAUCACAAAAAUAAUUCAUUUGUGUCAACAAGAUGAAUGGCUUACUUCUUAUGUGGAUCUACCUUUAGUGUGCAAAAAAGAAAGCGGCAAAGUGUUCAACAAAGUGACGUCUGCCCGAGUCAUUCAGCCUGCAUUGAUUCUCCAAAAGAACAUGAUGCUGCAGCCUGGUGCAGAGGAAGUUCUUGUUGCCACAUUUACUGAUGACAAUGAAAAAAAUUCAGCUGUGUGUGUGUUUGGGAUGGGUGAGGUUCGCAGGAGAGUUGUGGCCAAUGUGAGGCUCUGCAGAAAGGGGAACUCUUCAGCAAAUGGAGACAGAUAUAUAGAGGGUGGAUCAGAGUGCAGAUUUAGUGACAAAAUGGAGAGUGAUGAGUCGUUGCUGUGUUUUAAAGUCCGGUCACGGAGCUUCACUCGGAUAGCAGGUAUUCUACCAGCGGAAGCCCAGCCUGUCCUCACGUACAAAAAUACGACCUUGACAUCCAUUGCCCUAUCAACCACAACAGACUUUACUGUUGCUUUUCUCGGAACUAAUCAUGGUGACAUCAAAAAGAUUGUAAUCAACUCCAAUCUGAGUGCCACAGAAUACGACCAGGACCUGCGGACAGACCUGACCAUUGAUGAAGGGAGUUCUAUUAAUAAGGAUAUGCAACUUGACGCCUCCAAUCAGUACCUCUUGACAAUGAGUGAUAAAAAGGUGGCCCAGUUGCGUGUAGAGAAUUGUCAGCGCCAUUCAAGCUGUUAUGACUGUCUGUCCAGUCAGGAUCCUUACUGUGGCUGGUGUACCCUGGAAAAUCGAUGUACUGUCCGAGGAGCCUGUUCCAACCCAGACGUUGACCGAUGGGCAUACGGUCAAGUUGGGAACUGUAUAACAAUCAUGGACAUUUCACCUCCCAGUGCCUCAGCCUCUGUGGUCAUCAAGUUGAAUGGUUCUUUGAUUGUCCAUUUGUCCAUCCUGAAACUGCCUAGGAUGACCAACUACAGCUGUGUCUUUGCUCUGGAUACUGGACCCUGGUCAGUCCCAGCAGAGAGGUGGUCCUAUGGACUGACCUGUCAGACUCCGAAUGUCACCAAUUUUGGCCUUCUGUUUGGAGAAGCAGGUCAUCGCGAUAUCAAAUUAUCAAUCAACUCUACAGAGACAGGCAAACUGUUUGUGUCCAAAAAUUUCACCUUCUACAACUGUGGAGCAUUCAAAAGCUGCAGUCCAUGUACAGACAACCGAUGGUCAUGUGACUGGUGUAUCUACGAAAACAAGUGUUUGUUUAACUCUGGCAACUGUGACACACUUGGCAUCAUCGUGAGUCGAAAUGAAACAGAUGAUGAUAACUCGACAAAAUAUUCAGGUGAGGGGAGAAGAGGGCCUAAUCAUUGUCCACGUGUGGAUAGAAACAAGACUGAGCCCGUCUACAUUCCCAAUGAGAAAGCAAAGCCUAUCACUAUACAAGGAUUCAACUUUCCCGAGCGUCGCCCUGGAAUGAAGGGAUAUCGCUGUGAGAUUCAGAUUCGGGAUCCCCCAUCUGUUGUGAGGGCCCAUUGUGACCGACUGGAUAGUGAGAUCAUCAGGUGCCAUAUUCCACAGAAUUCUUACACAUUCAAGACGGGCAAAUUCAGAGCAGAUCUCAAGAUAUUUUUUGGAAAUAACACUGAGGUGGAAAAUGACGCAACUCAAGUGACUAUUUACAGCUGUAUGAAGCUAGGUAAUGGUGACUGUAGCUACUGUAAGUACAUGCAGCACUAUGAGAUACAGCUUGACUGUGCCUGGUGCCAGGGCACAUGCGAGUAUCGUGAGUUCUGUGCAGACACACGAGCCAAAUUGUGGAGUAGUGGAGACUCCUGUCCACCACCUGAAAUCCAAACUAUCAACCCUAACAAUGGACCCAAAUUGGGAGGCACACGUGUGACCUUGACUGGGUUUAACCUUGGUACAGAGUUCAAGGACAUUCAGAACAAUGUAUCCAUAGCUGGUGUACCAUGUAAGCCCAUCCGAGAACUCUACAGACCUUCACAAAGGAUUGUGUGUGUCAUUGGUGCCAGUGAACAUGGAGAUAAGACAGGAGGUGUAACUGUGCUCACAUAUGUCUUCAACAAAGUGAAAUUCCACUAUCUGAGCCCCUCCAUAGAGAAGGUUACACCUGCCCAUGGCCCCAAGUCUGGCGGCUCUCUCAUCACCAUCACAGGAUUACACCUCAAUGCUGGUAACGGAAUCUCAAUCUCCAUCAACAAUCGUACCUGUCAAAUUGUUGGGGUUGUAGGUCAGAGGUCAGUGACCUGCACCACACCUUCCAGUCUCCAGACAGGAGAUGAAAUGAUUCGAGCGAGUAUUGACGGUAAUGACAUCUAUGGUUCACUCAUGUUCCGUUACUAUGACGACCCAACAAUAAAGAGUAUCUCUCCUGUACGGAGCUUCGUUAGUGGUGGAAGGAACAUUACAGUGAUAGGCACAAACUUCACCUGUAUACAGCGACCACGAAUGUUUACCAUCUUUGAAUCUCGUCGCAGCAAGGAAUGUGAUUGCUACAUAUUCAACUCUACAAUGAUGAAGUGUCCGACGCCUCAUAUGAACUCUGCUGAUGAAUUGGAGCGACUUAAUCGUCUUAAGCGAUCAACACAGCAACUGUCUGCAGAGAUUGGCUUCAUCAUGGAUAAUGUGUUGUCGGUGCAGAAUUUGUCUCGUAAUUUCCCUGGAGUGGCAAGCUCCCUGGAAUACUUCUCUGACCCACAAGUGUAUAACUUCACAGAGCAGGGAUCAGUGAAAGAAUUUAAGGGGGAGGUGCUCAUUAUCAGAGGAAAAGGUUUGAAUGUAGCAGCCAGCAAAGAGGAUGUGACUGUAAUGAUUGGAGAGAAGAUGUGUAAUGUCACAAAUCUCGCUGAAAAUGAGAUUUACUGCACACCGCCUACCACCCAGCCUCAGACCAUACAGCGUAAUGGGGUUAUCUCCCACAGCAAUGCUCCACAAGUGAUUGUGAAGAUUGGAAAUCGGGAGUACCAGAUUGGAUUUCUGGCCUAUGAAUUGCCGACCUCUGAAGGAAGCAUGAUUGUGUACAUAAUCAUCGGUGUUGUGGCCAUUGUGGUUGUUAUCAUACUGGCAGUCAUCUUGUUUACAUGGUUCUACCACCGCCAAAAGACACGCUCAAGACGAGAGUUCAGGAAAAUGCAAAUCCAACUUGAUUCUCUUGAAAGCAAUGUCCGUAAUGAAUGUCGCCAAGCAUUUGCGGAGCUGCAAACAGACAUGACUGACCUGACAAAUGACCUUGAUGCCAGUAAAAAGCCAUUUUACAGCUUUGAGAGUUAUACCUUUAACGUUCUGUUUCCGGGCAUGUUGGACCAUGUCAUUCUUCACCCGCCUAUGCAAAAGAAUGGAAACAUUGAUCGCCAUCCAGACAUUGGUAUUGCUCACUUCAGCCAGCUGUUACAGAACAAACAUUUCCUCCUCUUGCUCAUCCGAACUCUGGAGAGACAGAAAAGCUUCAGUAUCAGAGACAAGUCCAAUGUAGCCUCCCUGUUGAUGAUACUCUACCAGAAUAACAUGGAAUAUGCUACAGAAAUUUUGAAAACUCUGCUGUCAGAUCUGAUAGAGAAAUCGGUUGACAGCAAACAUCCAAAGCUCAUGCUGAGGAGGACGGAAUCUGUUGUGGAAAAACUGUUGGCAAAUUGGCUGUCUCUGUGUUUGUAUAAAUACCUAGUGGAAGAGUCGAAUUUCCCAGACUCUGCAGGCUCGUCACUUUACAUACUAUAUAAGGCCAUCAAGGUGCAGGUGGAGAAAGGCCCAAUAGAUCAUGUGACCUGUGAUGCGCGGUAUUCAUUGUCAGAGGACCGUCUGCUCAGGACAGAGUGUAAACUUGAAGUAGAAAUGCUGAACUUGAAUGUGGAGUUUGAGGGUAAGCGAUACAAGUGCCGUGUUUUAGACUGUGAUACUAUUACACAAGCCAAAGAGAAGAUGCUGGACACAAUAUUCCGAAACUUUGCCUAUUCCCAGAGGCCAUUAGCAGUAGAACUUGAUUUAGAAUUAAGUAACAGUGGCCGUAUGAUGUUGGACGAGGAUAACACAACAAUAAAAGUGGACGGCUGGAAACAGCUCAAUACAUUACAACAUUACAAAGUGUUGGACCAUUCAGAGAUGGUUCUUACUCAUCAUCAGAACUGUCGAACUAUGCCACGCUCACCCAAUGGUUCUGUCCACUCCAUGGGCUUCCAACACAGGGAUGCAGCUCCCAUUGCUCGAAAUGAAAAUGAGGUUGGCACCAAGAUCUGGCAUCUGGUGAAACAACAUGAUGAUUCUAACAAUGGAGGAGGUCUUAAGAUGAGCUCGGAGAUUUAUCUCACACGGCUGCUGGCCACCAAGGGAACGCUGAAACAGUACAUAGAUGAUUUCUUUGAGAUGGUCCUCAAGGUGGACAGCACCAUGCCACCGGUGAUUAAAUACUUGUUUGAUAUGAUGGAUCAGGCAGCUCAUCACUAUAACAUCACUGACCCUGAUGUCGUCCAUACCUGGAAGUGUAACAGUUUGUUGUUGCGGUUUUGGGUUAACAUUAUAAAGAAUCCCAACUUUGUAUAUGACAUACAAAAACCAAGCAUUGUGGAUUCCUGUCUCUCAGUGGUAGCACAAACCUUCAUGGACAGUUGCUCAACCUCAGAACACAGACUUGGCAAGGAUUCUCCUUCAAACAAGCUUCUGUUUGCCAAAGAUAUUCCAAAAUACCGCAAGUGGGUUGAGAAGUACUUCAGUGACAUCCAGGCAAUGCCGGCUGUCAGUGACCAAGACCUCAAUGCUUACCUGGCCGACGUUUCUCGGAUGAGCACGGGCCAUUUUACCAAGCAAAAUGCCUUGUAUGAGUUGUACAACUACGUACAGAAAUACAAUAAUGAGAUAAAUGAGAGUUUGGAAUUGGAUGGUUUUGCCAGUGCCCAACAACUUCCCGCCAAAUUAGGUCAUGUGAUCACUGCAAUGGAAGGGCCAAGUCGGUAUAUGCCAGACUAUGUAUGACCGGUUCAGAGGUCAUGACCUCAUGUUCACCUUCACCAGAUAUUCACCAAUGCCGUGUCUUUCAUCUUUUUGGGAACAGUAUCACAUCGCGACUACUGAACAUGUUUGUAAAGCAUCUUAACGUGUGUGUUGUACGACUGUGGGCAGAUCUAAUCAUAGAUUGCGUGUACCUGUAUCGAUAUGCCAUGUGUCGAGGUGUAUUUGUAUAUUUUGAUUUUUACCAAGGAGAUAUGUUCUAUCAUCAUUUAUUUAAAUGUACGUGUAUGUAUACAUCACUUGGUCAUGUGAUAGGUGUCUAAUACACCACUACGUGUAGAUUAAUAUAUAACAUAUAUAUAUAUAUGUUCAUUACGAUUGUAAGCGUCAAUGUCAUUGUCCUGUCCAUUAUAGUUCAUUACUAACAUGAUGGUCUAUGCAGAAACUUUGUUCAAUAAUUACCAAAGACUAUAGAAUAACUAAAGCCGUUUCCUUUUGAAAGUGUGCAACAUUAGAGUUAUAUGUAUACAAUAUGGAUAUUCUACAAAUAAAUUGAGAGAGAACUAUUCAUCUACAAAACCAAAUUUAGAUACAGUGCUGAUUUGUAGUCAAACUGCUGAUUGUUGUAAAUCUACAAAAUGUUCACGUUGUAGAUAGGGCAUAAUUGAUUUUCAUUUACCAGCUUCAUACACGUUCAUGCAUAUUCAUCAACAAAUAUACAUAUGAAUAUACAUACAUGAGAUUCAUGUAUACUAAAGUCACUAUUAUAUGUAUUCAUUCUCAUGUGUUCAAAUCAUUACAUAUUAAAAUGAAUUUGAACAUUUAUGAAUAUUCAUAAAUGAUGAGUCACUAAUAUAUAAAUGUUCAUAAUAUCAAAUAGUCAUAUAAACAUGGGAGUAAAUUAUGAAUAUUCAUGCAUCAUAAUUCGCAAAUGAAUAUUCAUGCAUAUUUUUAAUUAUGCAAUAGUCAUACUUGUUUAUUCAUAUUCAUAUGCAAUAUCACCUGGUGAUAUUCAUAGAUGUCAAUAAGUAUUUGUAUUAAUUUCCAAAACAGAUGUAAAAUAUCAUACGAUAUAAUUAGAACAUAUUUAUGUAUAGAAAUCGGGCUCAUUGAUAAAACCAUACAACUUGGUGCUUUUAUUUGUCUUUGUAUUGCAGUUGUGUUUAGCUAGUAUGUCUGUAAGCAAUUUAAAAUGCUUAUAACACCAAUAUGUAUCUCGGUGCAUUAUUUAUAGGAUUGGUAAAAUGCAGAUUUGAAGGUAUAUGCACCUUUGAUUAGCAUGUUAGCUCAGAAGAGGUCAACAUUUGACAAUACCCAACAAAUGCAAAUCGUCAAAACCUUCUCUUCUACUUAUCAAACUGAUAUUUAUUAUCACCAUGACAACUAAACUUAGUUUGAUCAAGAGUAUAAUAUUUUGUUUCUCUUUGACUUUGACUUUAGUAUGAUAAAAAUGUGAAUGUUGACAAUUUUCUAUAUCUCACCUCUUGGCUCUCUCAGGUAAUGAUUUUGUAUUACUUUUAUCACAGAGUUUGUUAAUUUGAUAGUUUUGUUUGUGUGACUUUGUUAAAUGUUCCUCUAUAUACACAUUCUUUACAUGUGUAAUAUUUCAGCUCAGCUGAUCUGAAUAAGUGAGAUCAUGCCAUGGUGCCAUGUUGGUCUAUCUGUCAAUUUCUAGCUCACCACAAAAUCAUAUAUUCAAAUAACAUUCAGAUUUAUUUUUCUGAUGGGAGUAGCCAUGUAGAAGAUUCAAAAAAAGGGGCGAAAUUAAUUCUUUUAAUAAGGAUGCCUUCUCCUAAUAAUGUUAAAACAGAUGAUGUAUUCAGUUAGAACUUUUUAAACUAUAUAAUAUAUGAGAUGCUUACUUAUGUUAGCUUUAAUUAAUCCUGGUAAGCUAUAAUUUCAACUGGGCCUAUUGUUUCAUUGAACUACAAGUUUCAGGUCGGUUUCACUACAAUUAAGUCUUUAACUUUUAAAUCAAUGGCUGACUCUCUUAUCGAAUCACAGUUUUUACCUUUGUCAUUGAGAUUAGAUGUCAUGCUGAUAAAACAAAGUUUACGUUACAAUAAGCCCAGGGACCCAGAGCAUAACCUCGCAAAUUAUGGAUGUGGGUUUUCCAUUUUACAACCUUUCUGCUGAUUGUACAAUCUGGUGUUUUUUUUUCUUGGAAGCAGGCUGGAUAAGUAGGGUAAAGUCAAUCUGGUGUGUACGUAUAAGUUGUAUAUGCCUUACACAUGUACUCAGUAACCUCUAAUUUGAUGUUUUUCUAUAUAGUCCUAUUUACUGUAUACCGUGAAAUUUUUGCCCUCGUUUUAUUUUCAGUGUUUUCGUCCACGAUUAGGGAGGCAGAAUUUAAGAUGGAGGCAAAAUUUUGUUACACUUAUAUAACCCUUUUAAUGGGCGAAAUGAACAUGUAGUGAAUAAGUGUAUAAUAGUACAUUAAAGGUGAAAAUAACCCAGAACAAAAAUAUCUCAGUAUACAGUAUUCUCAUUAUGGGAUAAUAUGUCAUAUUGUAUGAGAAUGUGUAUUCCUAUGCUAAAAAAAUAUGAUUUGAUCUUAGAGAUGUUUUACUUGUACAAGAUAUGUUCUUAAGAAUACUUUUUAGGUGCAUUGCUGAUUUUAAAAUGUUAACACCAUCAUAAAGAUAUUGAAAUUUUGCUGAUAUGCAGAUUCGAUAUAUCAACAUCACAAUCUUAAACCAUUUGUUUAUUUGUAUGUUGAUUUCAGAAACAAUUCAUUCUUGAUUAUGACAUAAUAACAAAUACAAACAAUCAUUAUGAUAUUAUUGCAUUAUUUCGUUUUCAAUGAUGGAAUAAAAAUUCUAAAUGUAAAUUGAUAUACUAGGCAAUAUUAGCAUUGAAUGCCUUUUUCGGUACGGGAGCUGAAAGAUGUGGGGAGAGAGAGAGAUCGUGUGUAGCUGUUAAAACACAGUUUUAAAUUUCUAUUAUUGUACAUUUGCUAUAAUUAUUUAUCAAAUUUGUUCAAAAUGUUCCUGUUUAAAUAUAUUUGUUUAUAUCUAUAUAGCCCGAAUGUGUUCUAUGUAAAUGUUAAGUUCCUGGUCCAUUGUAUGUCAUUCUCAAUGUUAAAUCUUUGCUGUCUACCCCUUUCACAGUUAGUUAACAUAUGCACUUGAGUCAACUUAUGGCAUGUACACUGUUGACAUCAUUGAUGAAUCCAGGAGAGAGAAAAUUUGACCCUUUUUUUUCCUCUAAAUUGAUGGUUAAAAGUCUUUUUGUAUGGUGAGGUUCCCCAAGACCCUGCCUUGCUAAGUUAAACAAAAAUCUGAAAUUUGGGCCUCCUGCUGUGGAAAUAUCCUGGAUCUAUCAAUGAAGUGAUGAAAGGACUUGAUAAUUACAUCAUAUGCUUAUUGGUUAAUAUUCUGUUUUGUGUUUUUGAUGUUUAAUAUUUGUAUCACUCUCUGCAAACUUAUGUGCCAAAAAUAUGAUUAUACUAUUUGUAUAGUGUUUGACUGUAGAUCUUGUUAUGUCAUAUCUGUGUAUCAGUGGUUUUAUUUCACCUGGUGGUCAGAUCAGAAAUUAUCUCAAUUUUUCUCGUUAGUACUAUGUGACAGCAAAGCAAGAAUUCUUCCAUUAUAAACAAUGAUAUACAAUAGAAGACGUAACAAUAAAACCAAAGUACAUAUUGUUAAGAUCAAAUAAAAUUUCCAUUGAAAGUAGAUUUUUUCUGUAUCAGAAAGAAAACUGAAUUCUUUGAUAAAUGCCAAACUUCAUGUGUGAAUUUCUUCAUCUAGACCCUCAAAUCAGGAAGAUGUAGCAGAUCAGAGCAGUAUAUUUUAUAAGUUCUAAGUCUUUGAAGAUGAAAAUUUUCUUGAUAGAUAAUUCAACUCAUUUUACACAAAAAGUGUUUUUAAUCUACAUACAUAGCGUACCAAAAAGGUACCAUUUUGUGUUUUCUAUUCAACAAAUAUUUUAAAUUCAUUUAUUUUCAUGAAUUUUAUUCUUGAUUUUGACAAGAUUAAAGACCUUAUUUUAUUUUUACUGUUUUUUAUAUGUAUUUAUCCCUUUCCACUUACACCAAUAGCUGUUGAAUUUUAAGGUAUUUUUCCUAUCAAUGAAUAGUUGAUAAUUUGUAAUGGUGACCACUUUCUGCUUUAAAAAAAAUUUUCCUGGCACAUUUUUUGAUAUUUGGGAGAUUUUUUAUCAUUUAAUAGUGACAUCUAUUGACGAGACAACAUUGGAAGCUUCUGCUGUCAUGGCAACCUUUUCAUGUUCAGUCAUCUCUUAGUCACACCUCUUGUUUGCCUGUGUACAAAGGGAAUGGCGUGUUGUUAAGUCACAGCAUACAUCAGUGUAAUACUAUGAAAGGGUCAAUUCACCACACAAAAUCAAAUUUUUUUUCAUUUUUAAAGAUAAUUACAAUCAAAUGUUUUACUGGUGAUUUUGCUGGGUUAUAUAGGAUAUAGGGUUAGAAAUGUGAGACAAGGAUUCAGUCCUUCGAUGUUUUGUAUGUUUUUGUCAGCGUCAUGUGACACCUUAGUCACUAGUCACAUGACCUUUUUUUGUACACAAGGUGAGAGUAGAGGAUCAUGUGACUUUUAUAGCCCAGAACCAAGUGAUCACGAAAACAUUUAAACAUCACAAAUGAACUUUACAUAAAUAUACAACCACCAGAAUUUUAGAUUUGUCGUAACUGAUAAUCACACAUCAAUAUUUCAAGGUCACAUGAUCAUGCAAUAUUUUCAAUAUAAUUUGGUCAUGUGACUGUUUGUAUCAGAUGCUUGAUGACCAUUGUAAUGUCAUGUGAUCUGACCACUACUGACCACUGGUCAGUUCUUAGCCAUUAUGACACUUUCUCUAGAUGCCUUCAUUACCUGUUUACUCAUGUACAUUUCAGUAAUUUGCAUAUUAUAUGAUACUAGUAGAAAACCAAGUGUACUUGACAAGAAAAUUAAAAGAAAUAUGAUUUUCCUAUAUAAUACAA